GGGAAAGCAAACUUUUUUUUGAUGCGUUGAAAACACCUGAUUUGUCCUUCCAAAGGGAUAGGAGAAUAUAACCUUAGCCCAGAAAAAACAGCCCCCUUGGGUGCAGCAGUGUGGGGAGAUGCCAGCAAAAGCUGCCUCGUGCCACCCUGUCAGGAAAGUCUGCCAUGUGGUUGAGACUGGAGCCGGGCAUACCUCUUGUGUUACAUGGAUGCUUAGGUCAAUUGUGGCUCUGACAUGUCGCCGGUGGCAUUAUACUUUGGAAUGUGCCUUUGUGAGAUCUUGGACUUCCUCUUGGCUUCUUAGAUGGAAGCAGCUGUGCAUGAAGUAUUAACACCAGCAAACUCUUGUCACAGGCAGCAGGUGCACGGCACAUUUCCCUUGCCUGGCAAAUUUGUGUCUUAAUGGUGAAAGUUGGAAAUAGCACCACGUUCCUUCCCUUUGAACUUGUUGAGCUUGACUUCCCUGGACUCUCAACUAAUAUGGAGCUUGACAUCUAUUUCUAGAAGUCACAAUUUCCCUUAAUUUACAUUCUUUAAUCAGUGGUGAUGCAGUGGAUGCAUAUUCUGUAGUGAAACGAUCUUUAUUGCAAUCACUUCUGUGAGGUCAAGCAUUAGCUUUCAAGGCAAUUAAAAGAUGAGCUCACCAGUAUGUAGAAUUGCCUCUUGCUUAUUACAGUGACAGUGUUUGCACAGACUAUUUUCUGUUAUUCCCUGCUGCCAUCAAAGCAUUUCCUGCUAGUAAUCCCUGCUAGUCCCCAGCAACCUAGCCCCAUAAAUUCCCUUUCUCCUUCUGUUGAUGGGAGUCUAAGCCAAAUCAAUAGGGAUAUUCAAGUCUGGCCUAUGGAUAAAUGGGAGUUAAGCAUGCUGUGGAAGGAAGCAGUUAUUGUAUUAGAGGAAAAGUACCAAAAGAUAAUCUGUUAGUUAUCUAGUAUGGAAAUUUUCAGUGUCACUCCAGCAGUAGAGAAAAGAGCCCGGUCACACGGGAUGUAUCAUCAGUAUGCAUUGGAUGAAAUAUAAGUGUAGCUGCAGCAAGUGGAAAAGGUAUGCUGUUGAUGAGCUGUCUCAUUUUGUGUUCCUGCUUGAUCUAGACUAACAGAGAAGUGAUGAGCAGUAAAAUGUAUGUUGAUCAAAUGAAUAAGAAACUGCUGAGAUACAGGGCACUGUCUCUAUCCCUGCCUUUUUCGCUGCUCACCUGAGUGGUCUUUCCUUAUUUGUGCUUCAAUGUUUUUAUAUGUCAGAUGUCAGUAACAAUAAUGACCUCUCCUAAAAGCUCCCAGUGAGGAGCAUUCAUAGGAUCAUGACACACAUUUUUUUUUUACAUUCUUCACUGCAGGUCAGGAGCGAGAGAGAGAAGGAAGUAUAAUUGCUAUCAGAAAGAACUGAAGAGGUGCAGCAUGGCUCACAACUGCCUGCAGUGUAUCAAGUACCUAAUGUUUGUCUUCAACCUUCUCUUCUGGCUGGGAGGCUGUGGUAUCCUUGGAGUGGGCAUCUGGCUGGCAGUUACUCAAGGGAACUUUGCCACCCUCUCCUCAUCUUUCCCAUCACUGUCAGCUGCCAAUCUGCUGAUUGUCACAGGAACUUUUGUCAUGAUCAUUGGCUUCGUGGGCUGCAUAGGUGCCAUCAAAGAAAACAAGUGCCUCCUGCUGAGUUUUUUUAUCAUGCUGUUAAUUGUAUUUCUGUUGGAGCUCACUGUUGUGAUUCUGUUCUUCGUCUACACAGACAAGAUUGACAAGUAUGCUCAGCGGGAUCUGAAGAAAGGGCUUCAUUUGUAUGGGACAGAUGGAAAUAUUGGCCUAACUAAUGCAUGGAGCAUCAUUCAAACAGAUUUCAGAUGCUGUGGAGUCUCCAACUACACCGACUGGUUUGAGGUGUACAACACAACCCGGGUGCCGGACUCCUGCUGCCUGGAAUUCAGCGAGAACUGUGGGCUCCAUUCCCCAGGGACCUGGUGGAAAGAUUCUUGCUACGAAGCAGUGAAAAUAUGGCUCCAGGAAAACUUACUAGCAGUGGGGAUCUUUGGAUUGUGCACAGUUCUGGUGCAGAUUCUUGGACUCACCUUUGCGAUGACCAUGUAUUGUCAGGUAGUCAAGGCAGACACCUACUGUGCGUAGAUACCAUUCCCAGUCUUUUUGCUUCUCCUCCAAAGGACACAGGAGAAAACUCCUUCAUGCUCAUUCUUCUGACCUUUUUUUUCCCCCCCUUUGUACUAUAAACUGUGUAUAAUGCUAUCUUUCUGGAGAUUUUGUGAAUCACCCCAUUUUAUUGAAGGAGGAAGAAAAGAAAGAAUCAGUAUUUGAACUGGCACAGGUAAGAAGCAGCCUUGUCUUUGCACAGAAGAAAACCUGCAGACAGCGAUGGUUCCUUUCCUGUGGCCUACGGCAAGGCAAAAGGAGGCUGCUGAUGAGGGGCUCAUCUGCAAACCAGCGUUAGGAAAAGACUGCACUGACACAACCUCUGUGAAACCUGCCGGGUUGCCUUCCAGCAUUUCACAGUCUGGAAGAGAAGGUGUAGAAAAUGUACGUUCUUCGGCAUGGAAAGAAGGUACAGAAUAGCUCGUGCUGAAUGCAGGUGUAAUUUUACUACAGUUUGCACACAGCUAAAAUGUCAAGAGCAAGCAGCCUUUGCUCCAAGUCUCUCAAGAUGAUUUUGUAGCCAGGAGAGGAUCGUCUUCAGAAAUAUGUUCUUUUAAAGGAGUAUUUUUAAUUUCAUGUGCUGCGAAGUCAGGCUUUUAAUCUGAAUCUGUACAGUGAGAUCUGGCUGGUAAGGGAAAACAAUAUUGAACAGUUAUUAAUUGCCAGUGGCAUACAGAUGAUAGUUGACUGUAUAUGUAAUAUAUGUUCGAGUCAUAUACACACACUGUUCUGAAAGGAGGUGAAAAUAACCAGCAUCUAAUCUCAGAGAGUGGGAACCUUUCUAUCCCAUUUUACAUUCCAACUGAAAUAACCAGGAAGGAUUUCUUGUAGGAGGCACUAACGCUUAUACCUUUGGGAAACAAGUAAUUACUUUCAGCUGUAUCUUCAUUUCUUCAUUUCAGUAAACAACUUGUGAGUGGACUCCUCAGUCAUUCUACUAUGAUUUUAUUUUUUAUCAUCUCUGUUUCAAGUUAGCCUGCCAAAAAAUAUCACUCAUUUCCAUGCUUGAAGAUUUGUACUAUGCUGUCAGCUGUUCCUUCCCUGAAUGUCACCAUUUCAUUAAUUUACUCUGGAAAUAUCAUCAUCUGCAGGUAUGAUAGAGUUCUCCUUGCUAAGGAAAAAUCUUUGCACGUUGCUCAUUUUUCCAAGAGUUAUUAAGACUUCAGGUGUUUUUAUGCUUAGCAGGUUUUUUUCACCUGCGUGCUUACAACAGCCAAGGCACAUCAGUCUUUGUUAGAACUGAAGUCAUCUCACAUUUGUGCUUUUCAUACCCAUCUCCCUCCUCCUGGCUUCAAAGGCUGUUGGCUGCAAUACGCCCACACUUUCUGGAAUUUGCAGAAAUCUAAGUCACUGCUUUCCUUUUGCCAAGAAACAGCCACUGGUUGUCCCAUUCCCCACUCCGCUUGGGUAACUGAAGUAAUUUAUACAGGACCCUUGUAGAAUCUGAAGAAUUAAAUGCGUCCUGUUAUUCAAACAACUCCCUGUCAGCACCCAGCUCCAGGUAAUGCUGAAGCAACCUGGCGAAAGGAGAUAGCAGGGAAUGGGCUAUCACAGCAAGCCACCUGGCCUGCUCCCCCCAGGCAGCCUUUUGAGGACCUCUCAGCUACAGAUGAGAGCCAACCACAGUGCCCUGUUUUCACAGAAAGCCCACUGCAUCCAUUCUUAUUGGGCCAGACUUAGAAGCAUACAUCAAACUCAGGCACACAAGUUGACCUGUACCUUCAGUACUUACAACAGCAGGUCUCAGUCACAAGUGACGUUUUGCUUGCCUUGAUUUACGGCAAUUUCCAGCAGUGAAGCUGGCCUCGCCAACCUACAGUAUUGAACAUCUCCUUAUCGCCAGCAGUAACCCAUCUUUGGACCUGCACCACUGAUGAGUCUGACUCUCACUUAUGCUCCCUUUUAUGCAUCAGCCCCUGCAGCACGGGACAUUUAGCUGUGCAAAAUAAAGUGAAAGUAAUGCACUACUCGUGUAUAUACUAUGUGGCUUCCCAAUCACAUGCUAUCAUAGCAGCCUCACCACCGCUAAAGGCUUUUAUUACCGUGCCAGCAAGCCACAAAUGUUAACAGAGCACAACUGUGACUGAAGUUAAACAGUGAGUAUCCCAGUGAGUACACAGACAAUCUGUGCCUUGAGCAAGACUUACUCGUGGAGUUGUAAUGACGACGGGCUGGAUGCACUCUGCUUCUUGAGCCCGUUCAGGCUGGCCUGUCAACAGUUGCACUCUGGGAGCAAUGGCUGAAGUUUUCUCCUUUCCUUUCUCUCACCGUUUUUCUUAACUGCAGAGAAACAAUUGUAGCCUAAAUGUACCAUGUGUGAGUUUUUCCCAUGAUUCUUAGUUUGUACUCACUGUUUGCUUCUGCUGACAGCUCUGAGUUUCCAACACUGAAAAGCAGCAUACCAGAAUGAUGAACACAUUAAUAAAACAUUGAUUUUUUUUAAGAAAGAUAAAAGUAGACAAGUCUAUCUGUAGUGAUCCCAGCCAUUAAAAAUUAACAGAUUGACAGCAGGCCCGAUGGCUCAGCUGAUGAGAGCAAACCGUUGUGCAACAGAGCUUCUGCAGAGGGCAACGCUCAUCAGUUUGCCUGAUGGUGGUGUAGGGAGAAGACAUGGCAGGCCUCACCCUGUGAGCCUCCCAGUAAUGCAUGCCGAACUCUUAGAGCAGACUGCUAGGCAGACUUCCAGCUACACCUACAGAAAUAAAAACACAAAAUGAGAAACAGAGAAGACACAUUGCAUUUUCUGGUUCCCUCUAAUCAUGUGCCACACUUCAGGCAUCCUCACAACAAGACAAACUGCCUCAGUUUUCAGAAACGUGUACCUACAGACAGUAUGAACAGCAUUCACUUUGUAAAUCCCAUUGCAACAGCAGCACCUACUGAAAAAAAAACAACAAAACUCACUGCCAGCAGAGGUGCUAGUGCAACUUAUCACUGGACUGUUUUCUAUAUUUGAUGUUAUUAACUCUCUUCAUGCAGGCCUAGCAGAUGUUAUGGUGCUUAAAGCAUUACCAGCACAAUCCAAUUUCAGACUUCUGAACAUACUGACUAUAACAAGCCUCAGCUUUAUCAUAUUUCUUUUCAAAAGCAUUACAUCCUUUUCCUCCUGAUGAGGUCGGACUGUUCUGUGAUGUGUAAACGGCAGCACUUCUUUUUGUAAAAAGCAAAACCAGAUUGUUCCAUGUUAUGUAUAAAACUUGACAUCGAACUGGUUGAUUAUAAUUACCUUGUAGUACGUAAUGCCUAUUUAAAAGAGUGCUCAUAGUGCAUUUAUGCAGAGUAACACAGAAGUCAUUCCAGUUGCUUCCUUUUGUGUUUUUGUCACUUUCAUAGUAAGGGCUUUUGUAUUACUUUCACUUACUUUUAAACAUGAAGGAGGACUCAAUACAUUUAAAGACAGAACCAAAGGCAACAAAGAGCACAAGGCAGAGAACUCCUAAUUUAUACUCCUUGCUCUUUCUGCUUAAUGACAAGAUGUGAAGGCAUAGGGUGCACAGCUGGACCUACUGAAUGCAGCAAGACCAGCAUUUAGCUUUUAGAGUCAGUCCAAAAUACUUCUGGCUUUUCAUCUUCACAAUUAUAAGAAAAUAUAUAUAUAUAUAUUUAAGAAAACGUUUUUUAUUUUCCUGCACAGCAACUGUCAGCAGCAGCCAAAUCGUAUUGCUUGUACCACAGAAUUAUUUAGCUCUAACAUAUUAUAAUGCACAAUCACUGAAAUUCACUCCAGUUUGCAUUCUAUGAGUAUUUCUUCACUCCUCCCCCUCAAAUUACAUCAACUUGUACAGGUUUAUUCUUCCAUUUAAUAAUUACCGUUUGAAUGCAGCACUGUACGUAUGAUUUGUAAAACAAAGAGGAAGAAACUGCACCAGAGUUGUACAAAUACGUUUUCCAGCAUCAGCAAUCUGGCUGCAGCGUGAAUCCAUCCAACCCCCUCACUGCUCACAAGCUGAUUUCCAUUUACCCAUUGGAGUCCUUAGUGCACGUGGCUUCAGGCUGCUUCUUCCCCCAUUCGUAGGCAGGACAGGAGGUUGUGAGCACAGAAGUAGUUAAUGAAGUUAAUGAAGAAGUUAAUGCCCUUCACUUACCACUCGGCUUCAUUGCUGUGCUAGAUAGAAAUGUGGCACUGAAGGUAAGCAGGAAAAAAAGAAAGAAAGAAAAAAAAUAACAUUGAUUGUGGCAUUUAUUCUAAAGCCCAACUCAUUAUUACCUUUGUCCACAAGGAUUUGUGCUAUGUGUGAAUGAUCUUCAUAGCUACUUAGGCAAUUCACAGUAAGAAAACGAGUCAGGACUCGCUAUGGGAAAUUGUGUUUGGAUUCCAUUGUGAAUUCUGUUAGAUUGUCACCCGUAUCUUACCACAGUGGGCAGAUCUCCUCGGCUCCUUGGGUUUGUCACUGCAACUACGAUUAUACAUUUUUGUGCAUUCAUAUACAGAACGAAAUUGAAAAUAUACAUUUUAUUUUUAAAAAAAUUAUUAAAUAUUCUUUAAACUUUA